GGGCAGUUAUUGGGGUCAGGGUUUAUUUAAGGUACUUAUUUAGACACAAAGCAGAUAGUGACUUCAGUUUGUGUUUUUCCACAAAUCUGAGCCUCUGUUAUUUAUCUAACGUUAGCCGACGCUUAUUUGUCUGAACCUUCUCUACGGAGAAACCCGAGUGGACUCGAAGGUUCCACAAGCCGGAAGAACACAAGCAGCGAGGAGGGGAUGGAGAUAGAUUGCCAGCCCGAGGAAUCCAUCAUCACUUCAUUUGAUGAGGACAGUGUUGAGCUUGGUGACGUCAAGGACAUGAGACUGGAGGCAGAAGCAGUUGUCAAUGACGUGCUUUUCGCCGUCGCUGAAAUGCACGUGUCACAAAGUCUCAACAAUGCGUCAGACGUGGCCUACAUAAACGUGGAAACAAGAGAGGGAAACCGGUAUUGUCUGGAGCUCACAGAGGCAGGGCUAAGGGUGGUGGGCUAUGCCUUCGAUCAAGUGGACGAGGAUUUGAGCACCCAGUAUCAUGAGACUGUUUACUCACUUCUGGACACGCUGAGUCCGGGUUACAGAGAAGCCUUUGGGAACGCUUUACUCCAGCGGCUGGAGAGGCUGAAGCAAAACGGACAAUAAAAAGGAACAAUAUGCUGCAAAAGUUGUACAAGCAGAGUAGAAGUUGAUGAUGUGGGUGUACUUGGAUAUGAGCUAAUAAAAAACCAUGUCUGGUCAAAUACUAUAGCUUAUUAUGCGACAUCCUCCUGCCUAGCUACCACUAUGAUAAGGGGUACCCUGCCCUAUCAACUUUACUUUGUUCUGACUUUCAUAUCAUCAAAAGACUUCAUGUUAGUUACUUAAGGUUAGUGACUGCCAGGGAUUGGCUGUAUGGAGUCUGUUGCAACAUUGUGUUGUUGACUUUACUGUGGAAAGAUCUUCUGGCUUCCGCAUGUUAGAAAUUUGUAACUGCGCACAUUGAUUGAGAAUUUUCACCUUUUGUACUCCUCAAAAUGAUCUGAGAAAGAAGCAGCACGUUAUACUCUGCAGCUGUCCCAGUGAAAGAGCUAAAUGCUGUAUUUUUCAGCAUAAGUCAUAUACACUGCCUUAAUGACUGACUUUUGGUAAGAUGAGUACACGUAACUUAAUUUGUUUUACCCAUUUUGUAUUGAGAGAUUAAUAGGUAUUUUGUGGCGCUGUGAUUUGACUUGGAUCAUGAUGUUGGAAAAAUAAUUUGAAAAGUGCUAUGUCUCAUAAAAUAACUGGUACUGUACUCAAUACCAAUUAAGUGUUUGGAUAUUACUUAUUUUUCCUCCAUGCUGUAUAGUGUAAAAGUAAAGAUGCCAUUCUUGUGGAGGUUUAAAUAUACAUUUAAUCUUCAAGUUUUUGGUUCAUUUUGCCAGCAUCUACAGCAUUUGUUGGAAUGACCGAGCUUCUGUGCAAUGCUUGUUUAUUGUACAUGUGACCUGGUUUUGAAAUCCAGUUUAAGAACUUUUGCAUUCAUACCAUUCUUCCUUGCUGCUGGCCUUUGCUCAGACCAAUAAAUUCUCAGAAGUGUCA